UCCAGGAGCUUCAAAUACCUUUUUAUUUCCUUUUGUCUACUUUGAUUACCAAGCAUACCGGACUGAAUGUGGAUGCAGACGACUACACUCCGAGUCACUGGCUUUCGGGUGACACCGCGCCACGCUAUCGACUUGAACCACCUUGCCCACCUAAACAUGUGCUUCUCCACUAUUCCGCCUUUCGAGUCCUUUGGGACUGGACGAUUCUCCUGUUAACAGGCUACACAGCUGUGGUGGUUCCUUUACGUCUAGCUAUUAUUCCGCGCCCUACUUGGGGUCGUUCGCCACACGACUAUACUUCAGCAAUAAGGACAACUCGUUUAAAUGUGCCAGACUCUCUUGCCAUUGCGGAUGCAGUGAUCGAUAUCAUCUUUUGUCUGGACAUUGUACUAAAUUUUCAUACAUCUUUUGUUGGAGCCGGCGGAGAAGUAGUUGCCGAACCGCCCAUUAUAAGGACAAAUUACCUCAGUGGUUGGUUUACUUUGGACUUGCUUUCCUGUCUUCCAUAUGAAGUCUUCAAGUAUAUUUGGCCAGCAAAAAACCAGAGUAUCCAUGGUUUGCUGGACGGUCUACGGAUUAUUCGCUUACUGCGAAUAGGCAGAGCAGCUCGACGAAUCGACCAGUAUUUGGAAUAUGUUUCCACUCUAUUGCUAUUAAUGAUCUUGUGCUUCUUCCUUUUGGCUCACUGGUUCGCCUGUGCUUGGUAUGCAGUCGGUGUGCUUGAUCUGGAAAAUAAAAUCCAGUAUGGAUGGAUUCCACGAUAUUUUAAUGAUUCCCUAAAACCACAAAACUGGGAUGAAUUCAUCAACGCGGAUUACUUUUUCCCCAACGUGACAUUCCCUCAAGAUGCUCAUCCAUACUAUCAAUCUACAGAAACGGAAAAUUUGAAAAUUUGGUGGGAUAAUUAUUCUUCAGAAAAUUCGGUCCUAGUUCGCGGCACCCGCGUGGAGUCAGAUGAGAAGGACGGUGGCUCAAAAAGGCAUGCUCCCCUACAAAAUUCCGUGGACAAGUGGUCAGCCUACGUGACUGCACUGUACUUUAGUUUAUCCCUUUUAACAACCAUUGGGUUUGGAAAUGUAGCAGCGUUCACUGAGACCGAGAAGUUGUUAUCAUGCGUGUGCAUGUUGAUUGGAGCUCUCGUCUAUGCAACAAUAUUUGGAAAUAUAACAACUAUCGUUCAGGAACUGUACGCAACCAGGACAAGAUACAAUGAGAUAAUGAAAGGAGUAAAGGAUUUUCUACGAAUUCAUGAGGUUCCUCAGGAGCUGGGAGAACGUGUGAUUGACUACAUAACCUCUUCAUGGUCAGUAAACAAAGGAAUCGAUACGGCGA